AUGAAUAUCGUCGCAGAUGAGAGACUGGACCUCGCAGCCGUGACGAACCACGGAGAAAAUGCGUUCGAUUUAUCGGGUCAAGAAGAGAAACUAUUCAAGGUUCUGCACGAUGUUGUCCAGCCCGGGGAUGCGAUAACGCCAGAUGGAGCUGCAGAACAGAUCAACGAGUAUCUUCGUAGCCACCCGAAUCGCUCAGGGGAAAGGGAAGAAGACACUGAAGUCGUCGGGGAUUUCCUGGGUUGUUUGUGGUCGCUAUUGACCACCGUUGUGGAGUAUACUCCUUACAACCAUCCCGGCCAAGACCGACUCAUCGCUACGAUGCAAUCCUUGAUCAAAAGAACUGAAGGAUCUUACGCAAUUUGGGGGGUAUGUUUUCCAAAGGCAAAGCUUUAA